AUGUCAUAUGAAAAUAACGGCAAACAAGUGAAAGAACAAAAUUCAAUUGUAAUCAAUGGUUUAAAUUUAUCAGAUGAGAAAUAUGACACUCAAAGUGAUUCAGAUAUUGAUGAUGAAACUAUUCUAACUGAUUCAUCAAGCAUUUCACCAUCAACACUUAAACGCCGUGUAAGUUUUUUGCCAAACAAGCAAAAUGAUUUAAAUGGAAAGACACCAACUAUAACAUUACCUACGAGUCCAACAACUACAACAACAACACCAGUCGGUAAAAUGCGUCGUCGACGUCUACGUAGAACUAGUCGUUCUGGUGAUGAUCGGAUUUCAUUUCGUGGUCGAAAUCCAAUUUAUACAGCUGGUCGUCCAGCUUGGUAUGAUGCAACAGGUGAAAUAAAAGAAGCAUUUGUUAUUGGUAUUUGUGGUGGUAGUGCUAGUGGUAAAACAACAGUAGCACAAAGAAUUGUUGAAAAAUUAAAUGUACCUUGGGUUACUUUAUUAAGUAUGGAUUCAUUUUAUAAAGUUCUUUCGGAUGAACAACAUGAGCAAGCUAAUGCAAAUAAUUAUAAUUUUGAUCAUCCAGAUGCAUUUGAUUUUGAUCUUUUACUUGAAACACUUAAAAAUCUUAAAAUGGGUAAACAAGUCGAGAUUCCAUUGUAUAAUUUUUCUACACAUGCUCGUGAAUCACAUACAAAAAUGCUUUAUGGGGCUAAUGUAGUCAUUUUUGAAGGAAUUAUGGCAUUUGCUAGUAAAGAAAUUCUUGAAAUUCUUGAUAUGAAAGUAUUCGUUGAUACGGAUGCAGAUAUUCGUCUUGCACGUCGCCUCGAACGUGAUAUAACCGAACGUGGGCGUGAUAUAGAUGGUGUUAUACAACAAUAUACGCGUUUUGUUAAACCUUCUUAUGAUCAUUAUAUUGCACCAACAAUGAUUUAUGCAGAUUUAAUUGUUCCGAGAGGUGGUGAAAAUCAAAUAGCUAUCGAUUUGAUUGUACGUCAUGUGAAUCGUGAACUUCAAAAACGUGGCAUAAAAGUAAGAAAUGAACUUUUCAAUCGAUUAGGACUUAUGCGUCAUUUACCCAUGCCUGAUACAUUUUAUCUUAUUGAACAAACAGCACAAAUAAAAUAUCUUCAUACAAUAAUACGAAAUAAACUUACAGGUCGUGAUGAAUUUAUUUUUUAUUCGAAACGACUUAUGCGAGUAUUAAUUGAAUAUGCUCUAUCACUAUUACCAUUUGAAGAUGUAACUGUUGAAACACCACAAGGUUCUUCAUAUAAAGGAAAAAAACAUGUUUAUGCUGAUGUUUGUGGUGUAUCAGUAGUUCGAGCUGGUGAAUGUUUAGAACCAGCAUUAAUUGAAGUUUAUAAAGAUGCUAAAAUUGGUAAAAUUUUAAUUCAAACAAAUCAAUUAACUGGUGAACCAGAGCUUCAUUUUCUUCGGUUACCUCGUGAUAUUGCUGAUGCUUAUGUAUUUAUUCUUGAUGCUACUAUCGCUACUGGAGCAGCAGCAUUAAUGGCAAUAAGAGUUUUAUUAGAUCAUAAUGUACCUGAAGAUAAAAUAGCAUUACUUUCAUUAUUAGUAUCGAAACAAGGUGUUCAAACUGUUGCUUAUGCAUUUCCAAAAGUUAAAAUAAUUACAACAGCAUGUGAUACUGAACUUGAUGAAGAAACAGGUUUUAUAUGUCCUGGUUUAGGUAAUUUUGGUGAUCGAUAUUUUGGUACUGAUCAAAUUGCAUCAGCAUCCGAUAAUGAAGAUAUUAUAUUUGGUCAAGGUGGAAAUGUUAGUUCACAAUCGGGUACACCAAAUUCACCUCAAAUAUCAUCAAAAUUAAAUCAUACUAAUCGAGAUUUAUCCCCAAUAGCUACAUUACGAUCAAGUGAACAUGAAGAUGUUUUUUCAACAAUAUAA